AUGCCGCUCCCUCCCCGUCCGAACCUCGGGGGCAAGGUCGCGAUCGUGACCGGCGCGUCCAGAGGCAUCGGGCGCGAGUGCGCGCUCGCGCUCGCGCGCGCGGGAUGCGCGGUCGUGGUCGCCGCGAAGAGCGCGACGCCGCAGCCGACGCUGCCGGGGACGAUCUAUACGGUCGCGGACGAGAUAAAGGCGCUCGGCGGCGACGCGCUGCCGGUCGUCCUGGACUUACGGGAUGAAAACGCAUGCAUCGCGUGCGUUUCCAAGACCAUAGAGACGUACGGCAGGGUGGACGUUCUGGUGAACAACGCAUCCGCGCUGUGGUGGCAUUCCAUCACGGAGACGCCGACGAAGAAGUACGACCUGAUUCAGAGCAUCAACGCGCGCGGGGCGUUCAUCAUGUGCGUAGUCGGUGACUGA